UAGGAGUUUUCUUCUGCGAAAAUGCUUAGCAGAUAACAACUGGACUCUCGUGACCUUUUUUUGCAGCGUUUAUUCCUACGUCGUGAUAUAUACGCGCUGGUGUGACGUGUGUAAGCUCUCUGUCCCGCGUUGAGCUGUCACUCUCUUUUGUCUGUCUCCGUCGCUGUUUCUUUGGCUUCCUCUCUCAUUCUCCACCACCACUAUCAUUAAAUCCUUUUUUCUCCCCACUAAUCAACCGUUAAAGAGAAGCUUAAAGCUUAAACGUUCACAGUAAAAUCUCUUAUAAAGAAAGAAACACGCAUCUCCUAAACCUUACCCUUAUCGUUCCACUAAUCAAUAUUUUCAUCUCUCUCCGACAUGACAGACGACAGAGUCUACCCGGCCUCUAAACCUCCCGGCGUUGCCGGAGCAACCGCCAACCCAACUUUCCCGGCGACUAAAGCUCAGCUCUACAGCGCAAACCGCCCCGCUUACCGUCCGCCAGCCCCCCGCCGCCGCACGCAUAGCCGCGGAUGCUGCCGUCGCUGCUGCUGCUGGACGAUUUUCGUAAUCAUCCUCUUGAUCCUUCUCCUCGCCGCCGCGUCCGCCGUCGUUUACCUAAUCUACUGUCCUCAGCGUCCGAGCUUCACCGUCUCUUCCCUCAAAGUCUCCUCUCUCAACCUCACCUCCUCCACGCACCUCGCCACCGCCAUAUCCCUCUCCGUCGUUGCCAAGAACCCGAACAAAAACGUCGGGUUCAGCUACGACGCCGCCGACGUCACGGUCUACAGAGUCUCCCCCGGAGACGAUGACGUUGUGAUCGGUAAAGGCUCGAUCGCGUCGUUUGUGCACGGUGAGAAGAACACGACUCUGCUUAAGUCUACGGUGGGGAGUCCUCCGGGAGAUCUUGACGAGCUGUCGGCGAGUAAGCUCAAGGGAGAUUUGAAGGCGAAGAGAGGAGUGGCGGUUAAGAUUGUUCUUGACACGAAGGUGAAAGUGAAGAUGGGAGCUGUGAAGACGCCUAAGUCAGGGAUCAGGGUUACUUGUGAAGGGAUUAGAGCGGUGGCUCCGACGGGGAAGAAGGCGACGACGGCUGUUACCACCGCUGCUAAGUGUAAGGUUGAUCUCAGGUUCAAGGUCUGGAAAUUCACUUUUUAAAACAUUGGGGAAGGAAAAUGAAAAUCUUACAUUCCAUUUUUUUUGUUAUAUAAAUCCAUUGUUUCAUUUCUUUUUAAUUUGAUUUCAUAUACAGUUUUUUCGAUUCUGGUAAGACUUUAUUUUUUUGUUUAUGUAAAUGAAGAUAUAUACAUUGUGUUCGGUCCAAAUAUUAUUGUUUGUGGU